AUGUACAUCCCGAGAAGCAAAACCGCGAAAAUUCCGAAACGGGUUGGGCAGCCCUUUGUGUACCAUGUUCGGUGCUCGGCUUUGCAUAGGCCUUUCGUGUGGUCGGUUGCGGCAAAGCAUGCUCCGGGACGACGAUACACAAGCUUUUGUCGAAUACCAACAAGAGAACUCAGACAAGAAAACCUCACCUUGCUAUCUCCAUUGGCGCAAAACGCGCAAUUCGAGGCCGCCCUGAGACAAGUCAUGCAGUUCCACGUCAGCGGCUCGCCCGACCCCACGUACUCCAAACACGUCGAGUUCCUCCUAAACCUAGCCGACUCGACCCUGCCGACACGUGGCGCGUGA